AAUUACAAACGAUGAAAAAGAUUCAUGUCUACGUUCUAAGAUUCUUAACUGAUAUAUUCCAGCAUCCUCUCUGUCUUGAGGGACAAAAGUCUCCAUCUUUCUCCCUUAUUAUGAUUGGCAAUCACUGAUGAUCUCAAAAUAAGUAGUUUCUCAAAUUUUAAGUUGAAUUAAUUCCUAGUCCUCUUAAUUUACUCUCCAUCCCCCCCAUCUUGAUAAAGCUACCUACAAUUAAUAAUGCGUUCGAGCAGACAAUCAUCUGCUUAUUUCUUCAUGUUAGCAUCGUUCAUCUUGAUUUCCAUACCCACUUCUUUCUGUGCUGAAAACCAGAAAUUAUAUGCAGCAAACUGCAACAAGCCCUUUCUCUUCCUUUGCGUCAGUACCCGUACUCUUUAUCCACGAAAGUUGGCAUCAGAAAAUGCAGCGCCAGCCGCAACCCCGGGUCCACCCGCCACCCCGCUCUCCAGACCGCCGCCACCGCCACCCGCCACCCCGCUCUCCAGACCACGGAUCAACAGACCACCCGCCAAGAGAGUAACAAUAAAUAGCGCAAACGCAUCAAUGACUGUAGGAUCCACUGCACCAUCACCAACGCACGAUCCGGCUUUUGAAAUCCCAGUCCCAGACUUGCCACCCAUUCCCAAUAUACAAUACUACGCGCCAACACCAGAGCCCACCUUUUCAGAUGACGAACCGAGAGGGUAUUAUUAUCCUUCAAAGCACAAGCGGGCCAUGUGGCAGCUUAUACUUGGCAUUGGCAUGGCUGCGAUUUUAAUUCUCUCUUUGGUAAUAAUCUGCAGCGUUAAAAGAGGAUACCAUGCAAUUCUCUGGGGGAAAAAGGAUGCAAUGAAUGAUCGGAAUAGUGCCGAGGAAAUGAUAAAGAAUUAUGGAUCAAUAGCCCCGAAGCGUUACACCUAUUCAGAAGUGAGGAAACUGACCAAUUCCUUUAGAGAUAAAGUAGGACAAGGUGGAUUUGGAGUUGUAUACAAAGGAAAGCUUCCUGAUAGUAAUGGACGUAUCGUUGCUGUGAAGGUCCUCAGCGAGGCCAAAGGUAAUGGAGAGGAAUUUAUUAACGAAGUGGCCAGCAUUAGCAGAACUUCGCAUGUUAAUAUAGUCAAUCUUUUGGGGUUCUGCUAUGAGAGGAAUAAAAGAGCUCUAAUAUAUGAAUUUGUUUCUAAUGGAUCUCUUGAUAAGUUCAUAUAUGACGAGGGAACUUCAGUCACAAAUUGUCAUUUGGACAGCCGAACGAUGUUCCAAAUUGCAGUUGGCGUUGCUCGAGGACUAGAGUACUUGCACCGAGGUUGCCGGACAAGGAUUCUACAUUUUGACAUAAAACCUCAUAAUAUACUUUUGGAUGAAGAUUUGUGUCCCAAAAUCUCUGAUUUUGGCCUUGCUAAACUAUGCAAAACAAAAGAGAGUAUUGUGUCAAUUACAGGCAUGAGAGGAACUGCAGGAUUUAUUGCACCCGAAGUUUUCAGUCGGAACUUUGGUGGAGUCUCUCACAAAUCAGACGUUUAUAGCUAUGGAAUGUUGGUUCUUGAGAUGGUUGGAGGAAGAAAAAAUUUUCAAACUGGAGCAUCUCAUACCAGCCAAAUAUACUUUCCCCACUGGAUAUAUAACAAGCUGCAACAAGAAGAAAGUUUUGUUAAUACUUUUGGGGAUAUAACAGAAGUGGAAGAAGACACGAUAAAAAAGUUGAUAAUAGUAAGUUUAUGGUGCAUCCAAACUAAUCCUUCAGAUCGACCAUCGAUGGCUAAGGUGAUAGAGAUGUUAGAAGGUAUCAUUUUAUCUCUACAAUUUCCACCAAAACCUUUCCUGGAUUCCCCUACAAGGUCGCCUUAAAAUGCUUCCUCAACUUCACUCAUAAAAAACCAACCAUUUCAAAUGGUUGUGAAGUUAGAAUUUUGUUAGUAAGGGGCUAGCUUAUUUGAAGAGAUAUGACCUCCUUAUGUAUGUGAUGUGUGUGUUUAUGCAAAAUAUUAACAGACAAGUUGUAAAUUUAAUUUCACAAGUUGUAAAUUUAAAUUCACAGAUAUUAAAUAAGGAUGCUUGUUGAGCAAUUCAAUGGUUAGAUGCAAAGAAUGAUAAUUUUAAUGUUGAGGAAAUCAUAAAGGAUUAUGCAUCUAUAACCC